AAGUGAAUUUUCUUUUCUGGGGCUGGAAGAGCAGGAAUGGAGGUGCAGGAGAGGAUGAGGAAGCAGUGUAGGAGAGCCAUCCUCUCUGCACACCUCCAAUAGCUCAUCCAAACAACAGCUAUCUCACUCUCCCUCCAUGUCUCUACACUCUAGCAAUUCAACAAUUAUUUUCCUUUGUUUUGUCUUCAUCUACAAAUGCUUGGUCAUCACCCUCAUCUCUUAUAUUACUCUCACUUCCACCACACCCUCCAUUUCUUGCUUCCAUUUGUCUUGCUUGGCUCUUCACUCUCCCCCUGUUCCUGCAGGGGUCAGGCACUGCCUGCUACAAGAGUGGUGUAGGUGAUUCGGCUAGCUCAGCGCGAAGAUGGGGGAGAUCACCAAUGUCACGGAGUACCAGGCCAUCGCGAAGCAGAAGCUUCCGAAGAUGAUCUACGACUACUAUGCAUCUGGGGCCGAGGACGAGUGGACUCUCCAGGAGAACAGGGAGGCCUUCGCCAGGAUCCUGUUUCGCCCACGCAUACUGAUCGACGUAUCCAAGAUUGACAUGGCCACAACAGUCCUGGGGUUCAAGAUUUCAAUGCCCAUUAUGAUUGCUCCCUCUGCCAUGCAGAAGAUGGCUCACCCAGAUGGAGAGUAUGCAACUGCGCGUGCUGCAUCAGCAGCGGGCACUAUAAUGACAUUGUCAUCAUGGGCUACUUCAAGCGUUGAGGAGGUUGCCUCAACUGGACCAGGGAUUCGUUUCUUCCAGCUUUAUGUUUACAAAGACAGGAGGGUGGUGGAGCAGCUUGUUAGGAGAGCUGAAAGGGCUGGAUUCAAGGCGAUUGCGCUUACGGUGGAUACUCCGCGACUUGGCCGUAGGGAGGCUGACAUCAAGAACAGGUUUGUUCUGCCACCAUUUUUGACACUGAAGAACUUUGAAGGCCUGGAGCUGGGGAAAAUGGACCAGGCUAGCGAUUCAGGACUGGCUUCUUACGUCGCCGGGCAAAUCGAUCGCACCCUGAGCUGGAAGGAUGUGAAGUGGCUGCAGACCAUCACCACGCUGCCGAUCCUGGUGAAGGGAGUGAUCACUGCAGAAGACACGAGGCUCGCCGUGGAGAACGGCGCGGCCGGCAUCAUCGUGUCCAACCACGGCGCCCGCCAGCUGGACUACGUCCCGGCCACCAUCAGCGCCCUCGAGGAGGUUGUGAAGGCGGCUCGCGGGCAGCUCCCCGUCUUCCUCGACGGCGGCGUCCGCCGCGGCACCGACGUCUUCAAGGCGCUCGCCCUCGGCGCCGCCGGCGUCUUCAUCGGGAGGCCGGUGGUGUUCUCGCUGGCGGCGGCGGGGGAGGCCGGAGUCCGGAACGUGCUGCAGAUGCUCCGCGACGAGUUCGAGCUCACCAUGGCGCUCAGCGGCUGCACCUCCCUCGCCGACAUCACCCGCAACCACGUCAUCACCGAGGCCGACAAGCUCGGCGUCAUGCCGUCUCGCUUGUAAACAACAACGACGGCGAACUUGUCGCCGUCGAUCGAUCACCGGCCGGCCGCCGCGACACGCUUUGCCGGCCGACGGAUGAUCGGCCGGGAAUGAAGAAGAAGGUAGUAGCUGCCGAAGAAAAGAUUGGAAGAUGCAAAGUUCUAUAAUUUUGGAUGAUGCUGCGUCAUGUACUUUUGUUAAUUGUCGAGUGAUUGAUCACCUGUACCUAAUUAAAUGGUUUAUUGGAUUAUUGGCGGUUUAUACUAAACGAACAAAUUAAUACCAUACGGUCUCUUCGUGAUUGCAAAUA